ACGGAGCAGGAUGAGUCAGAGGAAUGGGGACAAAUAGGUUGUGGGCUCCGGGAUCAGCGAGGGAUGUGCCCGGGCUGUGCCACUAAGGAUUACUGCCAGCUUGUACCAGGAUUACUGCCAGUGUUAUUGCCCCAGGGCUGCCACUCAUUGCCCGCCAUCAUGCUAAGGAGGCUGCUGCUCAGCGUGGUACUGGUGACUGUGCUGGGCACCCGCUGCUCCCUGCAGUACCCCAGCGACAUGUGCAACUGGAAGGGCAGCGGACUGACCCACGAGUCUCACCGGAAGGAUGUGGAGCAGGUCUACCUCAGAUGUUCUGAAGGCUCCGUAGAAUGGCUCUACCCAACCGGAGCGCUGAUUGUCAACCUGCGGCCCAACACCUUGACCGCAGCCUACAAGCAUCUGACUGUCUGUAUCAAACCUUUACGGGACUCGCAGGGAGCAAAUAUUUAUUUGGAAAAAACUGGAGAACUUAAGCUCUUGGUGCGAGAUGGAGACAAUUCCCCUCCCAGGGUACACUGUUUUUGCCUUGAUCAAGGAGGGUUAUUUAUUGAAGCUACUCCCCAGCAAGACAUUAGCCGGAAAAUGACUGGCUUCCAGUAUGAACUGAUAAGUCAGCGAACGCUUUCGGAUUUGCACACAGUUACUGAUCCGUGUCGUCCGUGCACUGACACAGAGGUCCUCCUGGCUGUCUGCAUUAGUGAUUUUGUUGUGCGGGGAUCCAUCACAGCAGUGACCAACGAUGUGGAGCAACAGGAAUCCAUCAUAAAGGUGGCAGUAAAUAAACUCUACAGACAGAAAAACAAAAUUUUUACACCCAACAAAGAGAGCGGGGGCUGGGAAGGCCACAUUAGGACACCUCUGGAAUGUGGGGUGAAAGCUGGAAUGGGAGAAUUCCUAUUUACAGGACGAAUGCACUUUGGGGAUCCUAGGUUGGGGUGUGCACCCCGAUAUAGAGACUUCCAGCGAAUAUACCAGGAAGCAAAAGACAAAGGGCUGAACCCCUGUGAAAUCAGCACAGACUGAGUGUUGUGUCCAAGCACAGACUACUAAUUCACGUCUGGAGAAAUACUUCUAGACACCACAAGUGAUCACCAGGAAUCUUAAUGACUACAGAUUCUGUUUAUAAAGAAUUCCUACAAAUGCUGCCCAAAAAUCAACACUGUUACACUAAUACAAUAUGCUGCGGUACGAGGCAAGCCAGCCAAUCAAUGAGUUUAUUCACAUUUGGGAAGAUAAAUUAUUUAAAAAAAAAAAAAAAAAAAUUUCAACAUGAGACAUAAAACCCCCCACAACUGCCUUACUCCCUUAUUAAUACUAAUCUUCAAAAGAGGUGCCUUAUUGUAAUUCGGCACAUUCUGUGUACAGAGACAUUUUUUUUGUUUUUUUUUAUGACAUUAAUGCUUUGUAAAAAGCUUGGUGUAAAGUUUGACAUUUUUUCUUAUGAAAGAAAAUGAAUUGCGGCAGAAAAUGAGUUUAUUCUGUAUCGUCACUGCCGUUCUGUAGGCUGUCGUAUUUAUUUCCGUUCCAGAGAAAUAAAGCAGCCAUUAUAUAACAA